AGGCUAAUGUGAGCCUUUUGCCUUUAAAGUGAAGUGAGGUUCCUCUCAAAAAGAAAAAAGAAAAAAAGUGAAGUGAGGUUACUAUUCCUUGGAUCAUUGAACUCUAGGGUUUACCCAGCAGUGGAUCAAUCAUUGCAGCUCUGAGAAUAUGGAGGUUUCUACUUCAACUAAAGUCACAUGGAAAAUUGAUAACUUUUCCAAAUUGACUACAAGCUAUCUGUAUUCUGACGUUUUCGCUGCCGAAAGAUGUAAAUGGUGCUUGCGUGUUUUCCCGAAAGGAAACAAUGUGGAUCAUUUGUCAAUGUACCUAGAUGUCCCUGACUCAGUAAGUUUGCCAAAUGGUUGGAGCAGAAAUAUAGAUCUUAGCCUGUCAGUAAUUAAUCAAUUCCAGAAAACGUCUACAAUUAAAAAAGAUCGACAACAAUGUGUAUUCACUGCAACAAAAAUUAACUGGGGUGCCGAAACUUUCGUUCCUCUUAGGGAAAUAAACAAUCUUGCUGCAGGGUAUCUAGUGAAUGAUACUCUUAUAGUUGAAGCUGAGAUUCAAGUCCGCAGUGUUGUGCAUUAUUCUGUGAUUGAACCUGCAAUGGAAGUUAAUAAAAAUGAACCGGAACUGCCUAAGCGAGCAGUUGAAACACCAGUAGAUCAAGUUCCUCUAUCCCAGAAGGAAGUACAUGAAACUAAAGCAACGGUUGAACCACCAACUGCUAUAAUAAUCCCUUUAACUGCUAAAUCACUGAAUCAGACGGAAGGAGCAGUUCAAGCUGGAGCUUCCAGUAACGAACAAGAAAUCGUGAAGGAAUCACUUCCGCCUCCUAUUAUUGUCGAUCAUGAAAAGGAUCUUCCUCGGGAUCCUCCAUUUGAGCCUGCUUUAUCGUCCCCAGAUGUACAAGAAAUUUCUAAGAAUCUUCUAAAUGAAAUUUCUUGUCGGAGAAGGACUCAAAAAUCAUUUCCUAGCAAUGAAAUUCCAGUUUCAAUUGAAGCAACUAGGCCUGAUUUUGUGAGUCAACAAAAGGAAGCACUGCUCGGUUUCUUCAAUAUGUCACUAGAGGCUAUACAACAAGCGAAUGCCUUUGACAACAUUGAGGGGAUUAUCCUUGCACUCGUUCAGCAUGCUAACAGUUUACAGGAAAAGACAAUUCUUGAAGAUCUAGCUUCUCGUUUGGCAGAAUUUCGAGAGAGCAUUCCGAACUCUACCACCAAAGCAGAAACUGUGGAAGCUCGCAGAAUAUCUCUUGCAGGAAAAACUGUAGAUCUUAAUGCGAGAUUGGAGCAAAGACAGAAGGAAAUAACUGCCUUGGAGAACAAAUUCUCAAGGCUAUCGGAAGAAGAAGCAAAACUCCAAGCUGAAAUUCAGCGCUUAAUGAUAAAAAAGCAAUCUACUGCAAUUGAAUUGCAUGAAGCUAAUGAAGUAGCAUUUAGAGACCUUGAAGAAUGGAAAGGCUUGGAAGGGGAAAUUAAGCAGUCCAAUGCGGAAUGGCACGGAGCCAAAGAGAAAGUAGCAUUCGAUAAUGUGAGUUGGAAACUCUUCAAAGAGGAUCUUGGUCUUGGAAAGCUUAAUAUUUCGAACACCUAUUGUUAUUUUGUUGGUGCAUGCAAAAGCUCCGAGAAUAUGAAGGUUUCUACUUCAACUACACUCACAUGGAAAAUUCAUAACUUUUCCAAAUUGACUCCAAGCUAUCUGUAUUCUGGCAUCUUCAUUGCCGAAAGAUGUAAAUGGCGUUUGUGUAUUUACCCGAAAGGAAACAAUGUGGAUCAUUUGUCAAUAUACCUACACGUUGCCGACUCAAUAAGUUUGCCAAAUGGUUGGAGCAGAGAUGUCAAAUUUAGCCUCUCAAUAAUUAAUCAAUUAAGGAAAAAGACUUCAUUUACAAAAGAUGCACAACAUGUAUUCCACGCAGCAGAAAGCGAUUGGGGUUUCAAAUAUUUCAUUCCUCUUAGCAAACUAAAUGAUGCUGCUGCAAGCUAUCUAGUGAAUGAUACACUUACAGUUGAAGCUGAGGUUCAAGUCCAUAGUGUUGUGCAUUAUUCUGUGAUUGAACCUGCAGAGGAAAUUAAUAAGGAUGAACGGAAUCUGCCUAAUUUAGCAGUUGAAACGCCGCUAGAUCAAGUUCCUCUACUCCAGAAGGAAGUACAUGAACCUAAAGCAAUGGUUGAACCACCGAGUCAGACCGACGGAGUUGCGAAGGAAUCACUUCUGCCUCCUACUAUUGUCAACAAAAAGAAUGUUCCUCAAGAUCCAGCUCCCUCUGAACCUGUACCAUCCUCCCCAGAUGUACAGAAAAUUUCUAAGAAUCUGCUAACUGAAAUUUCAAGCCGGGCAAGGACUCAAAACUUAUUUCCUAGCAUUGGAAUUCCAGUGUCAAUCGAGGCAAGUAGGCCUGACUUUAUGAAUCAACAGAAGGAAGCACUGCUCGGGUUCUUCAAUAUGUCAUUAGAGGCUAUACAACAAGCUAAUGCCUUCGACAAUAUUGAGGGGAUUAUCCCUGCACUCGUUCAGCAUGCUAACAGUUUACACGAGAAGACAAUUCUUGAGGAUCUAGCUUCUCGUUUGGCAGAAUUUCGAGAGAGCAUUGCGAAUACCUCAACCAUAGCAGAAACUGUGGCAGCUCGAAGAAUAUCUCUUGCAGGGAAAACUGUAGAUCUUAAUGGAAAAUUGGAGCAAAGACAAAUGGAAUUAAGUGCUUUGGAGGACAAAUUCUCAAGGUUUUCAGAAGAACAAGCAAAACUCCAAGCUGAAAUUCAGUGCUUAGAAAUGCAAAAAAAGAAUGUUGUGAUUGAAUUGCAGAAAGCAAAUGAAGGAGCGUCGAGAGACCUUGAAGAAUGGAGAGGCUUAGAAGGGGAAAUCAAGCAGUCCAAUGGUGAAUGGCUUGGAGCCAAAGAGAAAUUAGCACUUGCUAAUGUGCGUUGGAAACUCUACAAAGAGGAUCUUGGUCUUGGAAAGCUUAAUAUUUCAUAAACACUUAUUUGAACCAUGUAGUUUAUUAGCUUUCGAAGUGAGUUUAUGCAAAAACAUAUCAAACUAAUGUUAAUUUAAACUCUUGUUUCUUGUUUUGUUUUUUA